AAUUGGCUGAGCGGUUAGUCCAUCACAGGAUUACACGUUCCAGGGUAGGUUGGCACGGGCGCCGUAGCUAGACCUAGGAGGCUGCAGCUAAAACGCCCAGUUGAAUCCGCAACUAAUACGUUUGGGGUGUUUUUCUUCCUACCCUUCGCACUCUAAAGUGUGACUAUGUCAUGAGGAAUGCACAGGUUUGCAGCGAAUCUUUUGACAGCCAGUCAUUUCUUCUUGCAGCACUUUUCGCGGGUUUGAAAAAAUGGAUUAGUACCGCACGAGUCUAAUUCCUGGAUGCGAUUUGUAGAAGUUUGAAAAAUAACGUCAGCGUGCUUGAUCUAACGUUGGCUUGCUGGAUUUUAAAAACCGCUGCAACGUGAUAGGAACACUGGCAAACAUUUUCUAGAAGUGAGAAGCUAGCUGAGCUAAAGACGCUGUGGACUGAGAGCUAUCAAGCUGUAUGUAUAUUUUCUUAAGCUUCCUCCUCCUGCUAAUUGGAUUGUACUUCACCAGUCAAAGAUUUCUUCGCAGUCCUGCUCCGGCUGCUGUGGAGGUGGACCGGGACGAAAGAUGGGACUACCCGCUCUGGAAUUCAGCGACUGCUAUCUGGACAGUCCGCAGUUCCGGGAUAGAUUGAAAUCUCACGAGCUGGAACUGGAGAAGACUAACAAGUUCAUCAAGGAGCUGAUCAAGGAUGGGAAGGCGCUCAUACAAGCACUGAAAAACCUGUCCUCGGCCAAGAGGAAGUUCGCAGAGUCCCUGAACGAAUUCAAGUUCCAGUGCAUCGGGGAUGCUGAGACGGAUGAUGAGAUAUGCAUCGCGAGGUCGCUGCAGGAGUUUGCGGGCGUUUUGCGGAACCUGGAGGACGAGAGAACUCGCAUGAUCGAAAACGCCGGCGAUGUCCUGAUCACCCCCCUGGAGAGGUUCCGGAAGGAGCAGAUCAGCGCUGCCAAGGAGGCCAAAAAGAAGUACGACAAGGAGACGGAGAAGUACUGCGGGGUCCUGGAGAAGCACUUAAGCCUGUCCUCCAAGAAGAAAGAGUCGCACCUUCAGGAGGCGGACAGCCAGGUGGACCACGUCCGCCAGCACUUCUACGAGGUUUCGCUGGAGUACGUCUUCAAGGUGCAGGAGGUCCAGGAGCGCAAGAUGUUUGAGUUUGUCGAGCCGCUGCUGGCGUUCCUCCAGGGGCUGUUCACGUACUACCACCACGGGUACGAGCUGGCCAAGGACUUCAACCACUUCAAGACCGAUCUGACCAUCAGCAUCCAGAACACGCGGAACCGCUUUGAGAGCACGCGCUCGGAGGUGGAGUGUCUGAUGAAGAAGAUGAAGGAGAACCCUCACGAGCACAAGAGCGUGAACCCCAGCACCAUGGAGGGGUACCUGUUUGUGCAGGAGAAGCGGUCCUUUGUGUCUUCCUGGGUGAAGUACUACUGCACGUACCACCGCGAACCCAAACGGGUCACCAUGGUGCUGUUCGACCAGAAGUCCGGAGGCAAAGUCGGUGACGAAGACUCCUUCACACUCAAGUCCUGCACACGGAGGAAGACGGACUCCAUCGAGAAGAGGUUCUGCUUCGACGUGGAGGCCGUGGACCGGGCGGGCGUGAUCACCAUGCAGGCUCUCUCUGAAGAGGACCGCAGGCUGUGGAUGGAGGCCAUGGAUGGGAGAGAGCCGGUCUAUAACUCAAACCGAGACUGCCAAAGUGAAGGAAUGGCUCAGCUGGACGUCCUCGGCUUCAACGUCAUCAAGAAGUUCAUCCAUGCCGUGGAGACCAGAGGUAUCGACGAGCAGGGUCUGUACCGGAUCGUGGGCGUGAACUCCCGAGUUCAGAAGCUCCUCGGCCUGGCGAUGGACCCCAAAACCUGCGCGGACGUGGAGCUGGACGGCUCUGAGUGGGAGAUAAAGACCAUCACCAGUGCGCUCAAAUACUAUCUCAGGAUGCUGCCCGCACCCCUCAUGACCUACCAGUUCCAGCGGAGCUUCAUCAAAGCUGCCAAACUGGACAUUCCAGAGGCCAGAAUCGCGGAGGUCCACAACAUCGUCCACCGGCUGCCCGAGAAGAACAGGCAGAUGCUGGAUUUACUCAUGAAACACCUGGCAAACGUGGCCAGCCACCACCAGCAGAACCUGAUGACCGUGGCCAACCUGGGCGUGGUGUUCGGCCCCACCCUGCUGCGGUCGCAGGAGGAGACGGUGGCCGCCAUCAUGGACAUCAAGUUCCAGAACAUCGUCAUCGAGAUCCUGAUCGAGAACCACGAGAGGAUCUUCAAGGACCCGCCCUCGAACUCCCAGAACCACCCCCUCCGCAGACGCAGCACGGAGACCAAGCCCCCCUCCUGCAGCGAGAGGCCCCUCACCUUCUUCCACACGCCCCCGCCCGCCGAGAAAGCGAAGCGGAGCAGCCUGGCUCUGAACUCCAGUGUGGACUCGGUCCUCACCCACGGCUCGGUCAACUCCAACAGCACCCAGGGCCGGGCCCACCAGAACAGCCUGACGGGCAGCGAGCCGGACCUGGACGGGGCCCCGGUGGGGAAACAGCCCCGGCCAAACUCCCUGCUGAGCCCGAAGAGCCGACCCAGCGCUCCCACCAGCCCGGCCUCCCCGAGCCCCACCUCGCCGCGGUCCCCCUCCUGGCCGAUGUUCUCCGCACCCUCCAGUCCCCAGCCAGCCUCCUCCACCUCCAGCGACUCCUCCCCCUUAAGCCCCCCCUUCCGGAAAGCGCGGGCCCUCUACGCCUGCAAGGCCGAGCACGAGUCCGAGCUGUCCUUCAUCGCCGGGACCAUCUUCGAGAACGUGCACCCCUCCCGCGAACCCGGCUGGCUGGAAGGCACUCUGGACGGGAGGACCGGGCUGAUACCAGAGAACUAUGUGGAAUUUGUGUGACCCCUGAGGUCAGGGGUCAGGGGUCAGAGGUCACUGACCCCUUCCCAAUCGCCCUGCGCAAGAAAGCCCCCUGGAGGGGCUGCAGAUCGACCGGGGAGCAGAGAGAGAGAGUGCGCGUGCGUGUGUGUGUGCGUGUGUGUGCACAUGUGAGAGUGCGUGUGUGCGUGCGUGUGUGUGCGUGCAUGUGUCAGAGUAUGUAUGCGUGUGUGGCGCGUGUCAGAGUGUGUAUGCGUGUGUGUGUGCACGUGUCAGAGUGUGUAUGCAUGUGUGUGUGUGUGCGCGUGUCAGAGUGUGCGUGUGUGUGAGUGUGUGUGCGUGCGUGCGUGUGUGUGUGUGUGUGUGUGUGUGUGUGUGUGUGUGUGUGCGUGUGUGCGUGCGUGCGUGUGUGUGUGUGUGUGUGUGUGUGUGAGUAGAGCGUGUGAGUGGAGCAGUGCGAUUGCAGGCUCACUCUCACCCUCCUCUCGCUGAGCUUUCUGCUUCUGCUCUGCCGAGGGAACCAGCUGGUGAAUGCCCCCACUUCCCCUUUCAGUGCACGACUCGGGGGGGGGGGGGUACUGGCUGUACUGUCGGCAGGACUUCGUGGCCUAAUUGCAGCAAGCACACUGGCGGGAACCACAAAGCCCCGCCCUCAGUUUAAAGCGCACUUGUGUGAUUGGUCUGCUGUGCACGUUUCCAUGGCAGCAGACAAAGCUCCCGUGCAUUAGAGUUGUCCUCCAUUGCAACAAAAAAAAAAAUUACUUUUCAUGCUGUGCAUCGGGUGAAGUGCUAUUAAAUCUUACAGCAGUUUCUUUUUUUUUUUCCCCCAGUAGUUUGGUCCUGUAGUCUGCUUUUGCUGUAAUUCCAUUUCUGAUGUGUGUCAUUAGUGGGGAAAAAAAUAUAUACUCACAUCCACUUAAUGGACGCAUUCCUUCACAGUACAAAAUGCAAAAUGAUAUAUUUUAAAAACUUAUUUUUCCGGGAACUCCGCAUUUCAGUUGAGUACGGGCGCAGUUUCUAUCAGCAUAUGUAGAAUUUCUGAUAUUUCUGAAGGUGUGUGUGUGUGUGCUAUUCCUUUUAUCCAUUUAGAUUUUUUGCGAUUGUGGUCCUCUCACUGGCCCAUAUUCCACAAUGUUUUUAUUUUAUUUUAUUUUUUUAAAUUUUAAUCACAAACCGUGCAAAGCGUAUCAAAGGGAACAUCGGAUUCGAAGCACGGUGCAACGUGAUUGGCUGCACCUCCGUCGACCGUUGCCAUUUUUUUUCUUGCAAUGGAAGACCUUACUGCGAUGCCUCCAGUUCAGUGUCACGCAGGGUUUUUGUUGCAAUUGAGCCUAAAACUUCUGUUAACAAACAGCACCUCGCUUCUUGAAAGAUUUUUUCCCCCCCCCCCUUCUUUUUUUUUUUUUUUUGUCAUGCUCUGUCUAUUUUUUCUUGGAACUAUUAUGAAGAAUCUGGUAUCGUUAAACUGGGGGAGAAAAGGUUCUUUUUUCUUAGACGCAUAAGAUAUGUUAAACUUUCUUUUGGGGAAAAACGUUCUUUACAGCAAUAUACAUGUGGAAAUGGUAAAAAAAAAAAAGAAUUAUUACAAAUAUAUAUAUAUAUUGUGAAAAUGGGCUACUUUGAUCUUUAUGUAAUCUCUGCUAUUUAUAAUGCAUUGAAUUAAUAUUCUAGGAUGGGGUCCUAAAAUGGCUUUAUUUUAUUGGGUGUGUAUGGUAUUAACAUAUUGUAAAUACUGGCAUUUGAUAAGGCAUCAUUUUUCUAAGUACAAAAUUUUUUUAUAUUUUCUAUUGUAGCAUACUAACUUAAUUUUUUAGCAAUUUGAUUUUUUUUUAAUGUGUCAAGUUUUGAGCCUGCCUUAAUAAUGUUUUAUUGGAGAUUUAUAUGAGCAUUGUACAGAUUUCCUUCCCAUUAAAGACCAACACAAAGGGA